AUGGCACUUGCACAAAGACUUACUUUUGCCUCUGUUAAUCGUACCUCUAUCAAUGCACCUUACUCUUCUGUUGCAAUAAGACAACUUUUUGAAAAAUCAAGUCUUGGUAGUAGUGGUGGUUUGAAAGUUAAAUCUUCUCCCUCAUGGGCUAUUGGAGCGAAAAGAAAUUCUGAUGGAUCCAUAGCUUCAAAAACCAUCAUAAAUGGAUAUUAUCAUAGAAGAUUAUCAACAGCUGCAGCAGUAGACUCAUCCAAAUCCACAGCAAUUCCAGAUUUUUCUGCGUAUAAAAAACAAAAUGAUGAUCAAGAUAGUAGCAGAGUAUUUUCUUACAUGAUAGUUGGUUCAACUGGGGUAUUGACAGCAGUUGGAGCCAAAUCAUUUGUGACAGAUUUUUUGGCUAAUAUGAGUGCAGCAGCUGAUGUGUUGGCUCUAGCAAAAGUUGAAGUAGAUUUAUCAAAAAUUCCUGAGGGUAAAAAUUUUACCGUAAAAUGGCGUGGCAAACCGGUAUUUAUUAGACAUAGAACACCGCAUGAAAUUGAAGAAGCAAACUCUGUUCAAUUGACUGAACUCGUAGACCCUCAACUUGAUUCUCAACGUACAAAAAAACCCGAAUGGUUGGGAGUGUGCACUCACUUAGGCUGUGUACCAAUUGGAGAAGCAGGUGAUUUUGGUGGAUGGUAUUGUCCGUGUCAUGGAUCUCAUUAUGAUAUAUCUGGCAGAAUUAGAAAAGGACCUGCUCCGCUUAAUCUUGAAGUUCCUAACUAUGAUUUCGCAGAUGAAACCACACUAGUAAUUGGUUAA